UUAGGACAACUUGUCUCCUAAGAAAAGCGUUAUUCCCCUUCCCACGAAAUCAAAUCGUCGUUUCCACCGAAAACCGUCGCCGCCUCACAGAUCUGUUGGAGAGACCAUAGAUUAGUGUUCCCAUGGCGCUCGAAUGGGUUGUGCUAGGAUAUGCCGCCGCCGCCGAGGCCAUCAUGGUGCUCCUCCUCACCGUUCCUGGCCUCGACGGUCUCCGCAAGGGCUUGAUCGCCGUCACCCGAAAUUUGCUCAAGCCCUUCCUCUCCGUCGUCCCGUUUUGCCUCUUCUUGCUUAUGGAUAUCUACUGGAAGUACGAGACUCGCCCCAGUUGCGAGGCUGACUCCUGCACCCCGACGGAGUACCUGCGACAUCAGAAGUCCAUCAUGAAGAGCCAGCGCAAUGCCCUCCUCAUUGCCGCCGCCUUGCUCUUCUAUUGGCUUCUCUACUCCGUCACCAAUCUGGUUGUUAGGAUCGAGCAGCUGAAUCAGCGGGUCGAGCGCUUGAAGAAUCGGGAUUGAGUCCCCUCAUGAUUGGGAAUUAAUGAGUCAAUCAGGGUUUGCAGAGUAUAACUCUUGUUUCGUGUGUUAUAUAAGAUGCGAUUUCUUUCAAUUUCUGUGUUCCUUUUCCUUUCAAUUUUCGAAUUUUGACUGCUAUUGUGUCGAUGGUAGUUUUGCCUGUUGAACAUUCUCUUUUUGGUUGAUUAUCCUGGUCAAUACGAUAUGAUGGAAACUUCGUAAGGGCCUUAUCUUUUGAUUCGCAUCAAUGGAUGUUGAUACAGUUUAUUCUGGAAA